AUGAUUCGCCGUAACAAAUUCGACCUUUUUCUGCUCGUCGUCCUUAUCUUCACUCUCUUUGUGAUGCUGAAAGAAUGCUUCUCGCCUUCUGCUGCGAGAAUUCGCCUCACCGGUGUCUACAAGACAAAAUACCCGGACAACAACGAAAGGGUUACCGAGCUGUCCAGUAAAGCCGAUAUAUCGGCGUUGAAUACAUCAGCACCGGGUGGCCCCACGGCAUGGUUUCCUGCAGGGAGUAUGUUCGCCAACAGGCCUCAUAGAGGUGGCCCCCCGAAGAAAAUUGCACAAUCUCGACCCUCGAUCCUCAAGUCGGGAGAACCACCCGGCUUCCUCAAAGGUACUGAGAUUCCGAAAAUCAUUUGGCAGAAAUGGAAGAAUCGAAUCGACCUCACCAAUGUCUGGAGACAGGAUGAUUAUGUCCGCGAAGGAUGGAUGACUUGGCAGGUGUUCAAUAAGGAGUUCGAACACGUCGUCUUCUCUGAUGUCGAUGCUGAACUCUUCGUCAGGAAGGAGUACUCCCAUCGUCCGGAUAUUGUGAAGGUUUUUACGGAGAUCCAGCAGAGGAUUAUUGCCUUCGAUCUGUUAAGAUAUUUGGUCAUAUACAAAUAUGGGGGGAUAUAUAACGAUAUGGAUACGAUGUGCCGUAGGCCAAUAGAUAGUUGGUUUGAUGACUUUUGGGAUUAUGGGAUCGUAGUGGGGAUCGAGUGUACCCUCCCACUUGAUCCAGGUCUUCCGGAGGACCUGCAGUUGGAUAACUUUAACCUUGUCUAUGCGGUUCAGUUCUUACAGUGGACUGUUAUGGCGGCACCGGGCCAUCCGGUCAUAAAUCGUACAAUUGAACAAUUGGUGGCGUCAGUCAUUAAUGAUACAAGAGAAGAUGAUGGGAGUGUUCAAUGGGAGAUUGGUGAUCUGUGGUACGAACCGAUGGCAAUAUUGAAUGUCUCAGGACCCGGGCUGUGGACGAGGACAGUGAAGCAGUAUAUCAAUGAGCAGGAGGGGAGGAUAGUAGCUGAUGCAGAGUAUGCGGCCAUGUGGGAUAUAGAGAUAUUCGGAGAUCUGUUGCUCCUUCCACAGGCCAAAUGGGCACCAACAAAUUCAGAACAGCAGAAUGAGGUGGCCUUCUUGAGGCAUUUCUGGAGGGGCAGUUGGAGGUGA